UGUUUCGAAGUGUGGCUGCCAGGUGAGACUUUUUACGAGAGUCUCUCCUCCGGCUUGUGUAAUUCAUUCAACUCUUCUCCUAAACAAAAUUGUCAAUCAACUCAACUUUCCUCUACUAUCUAACCAUUCAAUACUAAAAAGGUUUAAAGUCUGUCGGACGUGUGUGGAACAAGUUCUUUCCACUUUCUUCGGGCAACUCUUGCCGUCAGUCAUUUCGACGCUUGAACAACCUCAUCGAAUUUACUCAGACUCGUCGUCGUCAUCUCGUCAUUUUCUAAAAAGUUUCCUGAAAAAUUUCUGUAAAAAAUAAUUAAGUUUUCCGCGAAGUUUUACAUAUUAAUUAAAAUCAGUGUCAGUGUGUUUCAGUGUCGUGAUUUGUCGUGUGCUAUCUAGUUCGCAAAAUCCGUUUAAAAAUAUUAAUAUUCUGCGUAAUUAAAAAUAGUGUUAAAAAAUCGACUUCCAGGACGGAAAAUCAUCAUCUCAUAAUUCCCAAUUUCAAAAUUCUUUUUUGAAUUGUGACGUUCCUGGAAUGAAGAGUUAUUAAUCAUCAUAUAGCAUCAGUCAGUGGUGCAUAUUGUUAACGUCUGCUCAUUAAUUUGAGUCAAUCUUCGUAAUCGUAAUCAAUCAUGGGACAUUUAAAGUUGGAGAUCCUGUGUCUUGUUGUGGGCAGUGUCGUUGCCCUCCUAGCAUUGAAUAUCGAUUCGGCACUGGCAAACACUGGAAGUAACGCGGAUGAGGAGGGUGGCCCUGUUUUUGUGAAGGAGCCCCCAUCCAAAGUGGACUUUUCUAACUCGACGGGAGCCGAAAUACCGUGCCAAUCACGCGGCACGCCCCAGCCAGAAAUUAUUUGGCUUCGUGGAGAUGGAACGGCCGUGGGAGAUGUUCCCGGACUACGACAGGUGUUGGCUUCUGGAGCACUGGUGUUUCCACCUUUCCGUGCUGAAGACUAUCGACAAGAAGUUCACAGUGCAACUUAUAUCUGUCUCGCCCGCAAUUCCAUCGGCACUAUCCACUCUCGCGAUGUCCACGUUCGUGCAGUUGUGACCCAAGUCUAUGACACUCACGGUGACCAAGAGUACAUAAUUAAAGGAAACUCGGCGACGAUUAGGUGCAAAAUUCCAUCAUUCAUUGCUGAUUAUUUGGAUGUGGUUUCUUGGCAUGAUUCUGAUGGAAAUGUUUACAAAUUAGACAAUCGUGGAGUUUUUGAGGAUGGAAAAUUUGUCGUGUUGCCCUCUGGGGAGUUGCAUAUUAAAGAUGUUCGGCCUGAGGAUGGUUUUAAGGAAUACAGAUGCCAAACCAAGCACCGACUUACUGGAGAAACUCGCCUUAGCGCGUCUGCUGGUAAACUGGUCAUCACAGACCCACAAGGUUCGACUGCUCCAAGAUUAUCUGGGGACACACAAAUUUCUGGUUUUGCGAGGAUGGGAAUGAAAGGCUCAACAUUCGGAUUAAUUUGCCCCUCACAAUCUUUUCCUCCUGGAAUAUUUAAGUGGUACAAGUUCACAGAUGGGUCUUCUAGACAACCGGUACAAUUAGACGAUCGACUGAAACAACUUGGUGGAACUUUGAUUAUCCGUGAGGCUAAGGUUGAAGACUCUGGAAAGUAUCUGUGCGUGGUGAGCAAUUCAGUUGGAGAAGAAAGCGUGGAGACAGUUUUAACUGUAACCGCACCUUUGGCCGCAACUGUUGAACCUGCCGUUCAGACGGUCGAUUUUGGUAGACCAGCUACAUUUACAUGCCAUUACCAGGGAUCACCAGUCAAGAAUAUUACUUGGAUGAAGAAUGGAAAACGACUCCCCCAAACGGAAGCAGUAAUUCGGAUUGACGCUGUUCGAAGGGAAGAUCGAGGAAUGUUCCAAUGCUUUGUUCGCAAUGAUCAAGAUUCUGCACAAUCCACGGCUGAGUUGAAAUUGGGAGGACGAUUUGACCCACCAAGAUUAACAUUCAAGUUCCGAGAGGAGGUUCUUCAACCAGGACCUAAAGUUUCCCUUAAAUGUAAAGCUACAGGAAACCCCUCACCGGAAAUAGUUUGGGAGUUGGACUCAAAGAAAGUCACUAACGCAGACAGGGUUCAAGUUGGACAAUUUGUUGGUGAAAAUGGAGAGGUUGUCUCUCAUGUAAAUAUCACCAAUGUUCACAGCAAUGAUGGAGGAGUAUACAGAUGUACAGCCAUUUCAAAGGUGGGCAGUGCAACUCAUACUGGAAGGCUAAAUAUUCACGGCUUGCCACAUGUAAAAAGCAUGGAUAAAGCUCAAGUUGUUGCUGGAAGUGGAAUGGUAAAAACAUGUCCAGUUGCUGGUUAUCCAAUCGAUGCCGUCAUCUGGGAAAAAGAUAAUCGAGUUCUUCCGAUUAAUCGUCGUCAAUCUGUCUUCCCUAAUGGAACUUUGGUGAUCGACAAUGUACAACGAAAUAUGGACCAGGGGACAUAUACGUGUGUCGCUAGAAAUGCUCAAGGAUAUACAUCCCGGGGAAAUCUGGAAGUCCAAGUCAUGGUCCCUCCAAGCAUCUCUUUUAUGUCGUUUGGCGAAACGGCAUUUGCAGGUUCUGCCACUCAGGCUACAUGUCUCGUGGCGAAUGGUAGGAUCUUAUUAGUUCAACACUCGACUACGUUUACCAUUUCUAAUUCUAUGUUAAACUGCACAGGGGAUACUCCUCUUCAAAUUACAUGGAGUUUCGAAGGAGGAAAUCUUAGCUCUCAUCUUGGUCUUAAAACCGCUUUGAUAGGGUCACGAACCAGUAUGCUUUUGGUAGAACCAGUGUCCCUCGGAAAUCAGGGUAUCUAUACUUGUACUGCGAGAAACGCGGCAGGAGUCGCAAAUGCAAGUGCCGCAUUGGAAGUUUUCGUACCUCCAAGGUGGAUUGUAGAGCCUACUGAUCGGGCAUUUGCGCAAGGUAGUGACGCUAAAAUUGAGUGCAAAAGUGACGGAUUUCCAAAGCCCAGUGUCGCCUGGAAGAAAGCAGCAGGCGAUGGUCCAAUGGACUACAGAGAUCUGAAAGGAUCUGCUCCAGGGAUGCGCGUGGAGGAUGGAAAUUUGGUAAUCUCGGCAAUCCCCAAGCAAGCCGAAGGAUAUUACUUAUGCGAAGCCAACAAUGGAAUUGGAGCCGGGUUAUCUGCCGUUAUCUACAUCUCUGUUCAAGCGCCUCCACAAUUUGAAAUUAAAUUCCGAAAUCAAACUGCUCGAAAGGGAGAACCUGCCGUAUUGCAAUGUGAAGCCAAAGGAGAAAAACCGAUUGGAAUUUUGUGGAGCCGAGAUGGAAAACGACUCGACCCAAAACCAGACCCUCGAUACACUAUUCGUGAAGAAAUUCUGUCAAAUGGCGUCUUGAGUGACUUGAGUGUCAAAAGAUCUGAACGAACGGAUUCUGCUUUGUUUACAUGCGUCGCAACCAAUGCUUUUGGAUCUGAUGAAACGAGCUUGAACCUCAUUGUACAAGAACCCCCUGAGGUACCCUUCGGGUUGAAAGUCUUGGAUAAAUCUGGACGAUCUGUGCAACUUCAAUGGAGCGAGAGUUUUUCAGGAAAUUCACCAAUUACAAGAUUUUACAUUGAAUACAAAAUGUCCAAGAGUGACUGGAAUUCAGGAAAAGAUCGCGUGCUUGUCCCAGGAAGUCAAACUAUGGCUAGCGUAUACAAUCUUCGCCCCGCAACCACCUACCAUUUGAGACUGGUAGCUGAAAACGAAGUUGGAACAAGUGAGGCAUCUCAGUCGGUGACCAUCAUUACUGCCGAAGAAGCUCCCUCUGGACCUCCCACUGGAAUUGCGGUUGAACCAGUUGACCAACAUACUCUCAAAGUUACAUGGAAGCCCCCACUGAGAGAAGAAUGGAAUGGAGACAUAAUGGGAUAUUAUGUUGGCUACAAACUAGCCUCGUCUGACAAGCCAUAUUUAUUCGAAACUGUCGAGUUCUCUCGGGAAGUUGGAAAGGAGCAUCAUCUCAUGAUUUCAAACUUAAAGACGUACACGGAAUACUCUGUCGUUGUGCAAGCAUUUAAUAGGAUUGGACCAGGACCAAUGUCAAAGGAAGUUGCUCAACAUACUGCUGAAGGGAAACCGGAUCAUGCUCCUCAGGAUAUCAGUUGUACCACGCUCACAUCACAAUCAAUCCGAGUUUCAUGGACAUCGCCUCCACUUGCUUCUGCCAAUGGUGUGAUUAAGGGAUACAAAGUAAUUUUUGGACCAGCAUCUUCGUGGUAUGACGAAAAAACAAAAGAGAUCAAAGCCACGCCAUCCAGUGAAAUCAUUCUCCAUGGACUGAAAAAAUACACAAACUAUAACAUGACCAUUCUCGCAUACACCAAUGGAGGUGACGGUAUUCCGAGCACGGCUGUAAGCUGCCACACUGAACAAGAUGUCCCUGGACCUCCAACGGCUGUAAAGGCUAGCGUUAUGUCUGGAGAUGCAAUCCUUUUGAGUUGGCAACCACCUUCUCAGCCCAACGGCGUUGUCACCCAAUACACUGUUUAUCAACGGACGGUCGAACCCAAAGAGUCAGAAGCCACAUCCCAGAAGAUUCCCUCAUUCCAGACAACUUAUGAAAUUUCCGGACUGAAAAGAAAAGAACGGUACGAAUUUUGGGUUACGGCACACACUGCUAUUGGAGAAGGUCAACCCUCAAAAUCUGCUACUACCUCACCAUCCAACAAAGUUCCUGCUAAAAUUGCAUCAUUCGCGGAAAAAAUUGUUGCUACUCAUCGAGAUGAAGUGAAACUUCCCUGCCAGGCUGUCGGUGUCCCUGCUCCUGAAAUUAAAUGGAAGGUGAAGGGACAAAUGCUAACCCAAAGUAACAGACUUCGAGUGCUGCCGGAUGGAAGUCUACUGAUAAAAGAAGUUACUCGUAAAGAUGCAGGAGACUAUGCAUGCAAGGCAGAAAAUUCGAACGGACAUGACACGAUUAUGCACACCCUAGUCGUACAAGCGCCUCCACAACCCCCAAGCAUUUCUUUGGCUGGAGCUACGGGAACGGCAAUCACUGUUCGGCUCAAAUCCCCAUCGGACUCGGCCCCACUUCACGGUCUCACCAUUCAUUACAAACAAGACUUUGGAGAAUGGGAAGCCACUCAAAUUCCACCAAACAUGUCUGAAUAUACGUUGGAAGGACUUAAUUGUGGAACUCGAUAUCAAAUCUACGCAACUUCUUAUAACAGUAUUGGAACUGGAGAGGCAUCCGACAUACUAAAUACAAGGACAAAAGGUCAAAAACCUGGUGUACCCUCAGCCCACAAGUUUAUAGAAGUUUCACAAAAUAGUGUAACUUUACACUUGAGCUCUUGGGAUGAUGGUGGUUGUCCAAUGUUGUACUUUGUUGUCGAGUACAAGGCUAGACACCAAAGCGAUGGAUGGACAAUGGUUUCCAACAGCGUAAAACCCAGUGGAAAUUAUGUUGUUUUGGAUCUUAGUCCUGCAACCUGGUACCAACUUCGAGUCACCGCUCACAACAAUGUCGGCUUCACCCAAGCAGAAUUUGAAUUUGCAACCCUAACGCUGAACGGAAAUCAAGUGGGCCCGGCCAGAACCAAUGAUAAUGGACGCGGACUUUUACUCGAGGUUUUCCCUUGGUUGCCAGAGUGGGUGGAUUACAAUAUGAUAGUGGCCGGAUGUGCCAUGAUUGUUAUCAUAGUUGUAGGACUUGCGGUAAUUUGUAUCGCAGUAUCCAGACGAAAUAGAGGACCAGAAAGUUUUCGACUGCGAGAUGAAGGAUUGUAUGCUCAGCCGGAUAUGCGUGGAAUGACUUUGAAACGAGAAUUCCGAGAUGAGUUGGGAUACAUUGCUCCUCCCAAUAGGAAACUUCCACCAGUUCCAGGAUCAAAUUAUAGUACGUGCGACCGUCACAAGAAAGGGAUGAAUCACCCCACUUGGAACGGUAGAAGACCUGCUGCCGCCACAGGAGUGCCUCAUACAUACGAAGAGUUGGCGAAUGGGGGUGGUGGGAUAUAUUAUGAUGACCACCCUCCUGUUCCACCCCAUGCCCACUCUGACGAUAGUUCGCUUUAUAGUAAACCCCCCAACGGUGUGCCUGGUCAGGAUGAAGAAAUUUGUCCAUAUGCAACCUUCCAUUUACUUGGCUUUCGCGAAGAAAUGGAUCCUUCAAAGGGCUCAAAUGGUCUAACUCUUCCUCAUGGGUCCACAACUCUUCCUCCACCUGGACAUGGCCAUCAUCGUGGCGGGUCGCAAUCUGCGCCUCGUGGCUCAAAUACCACUCGGUAUGGACGAGGACCUGUGGGAUCAGGCGUUGUGUCGUCAGUUGCUGGAGGGGGAACCGUCGGCCCUAAUGGAAUUAUUAACCCGCCUAACCAUGUAUUCUCCCCUGAAUAUGAUGAUCCUGCAAAUAUUGAGGACGAAUAUGGUUACAACAGCCCUAAUCGCCGAGGUUCUCUUGGACGUCGUUCUAUGGGAUCAAUGAGAACUGUUCCAAUUCCGGAGAGCCCAUCUCCUCCUCCUCCACCACCACGCCCCUCGGAUUCACCAAACUCUACCCCUUCUCACUCUCAAAUGAACCAAAGUAAUGACUCAAAGGAAUCCAACGAACUUUCUGAGGCUGAAUGUGACCGUGAUCCGCUGAUCCGGAAUCGUAACUCUGUCAGUGGUGGAGCUCCUGGAAACAUGUCCACUGAAGAGAUGCGACGACUUAUUGAAAAUAGGAAUCAAAACGAGGCUCAUUCCAUUCCUAACGGACUGACUCCAUAUGACACAGUCAAUGUGUAAUUCUGUACUCGUCAACUAAAGAAGCGAAGAAUCAAGUCACUUAAGGAUUUAUUUAGAUCUAAAAAUGUCUCUAGAAACCAAAGCAAGAAAACUUUAGGGGUAUUUCCAAACUAAAUACAUACAGCGUAAGAAAGUGAGUAAGUUAAUAUACAUUACAUCGAUUUUCAAAGUCUCGUCUCGAUAAUUAUAGGACAACACCAACCAAAUCGCUUGUGCACUAAAAAUAGUCUUCUAGUAAUCUAGAUACAUGUAAAUGUUUGAUCGAAUCAGUGCGUAUAAGCUUCAUGUGAUUUUAGUUUUAAGCUUAUUAGUAGGUUUAUUUAUAAGUUGAUUCAAUAUUGUCAAAGAUUUUCAAGUCUAAUCAUCGCAUAUUCUUAUUACAUAUACGUUUCGAUUUUAAAUGACUUUUACGGAAUAGUUUUUAUCGCGAAUUAAAUGACUCGAACGUAGCAAGAAAUAAGGGGAUUGGAUUUUCUCACAUUGCGAGUGAGAUUCCAAUUUUAUGUUAGUAAUCAAAAGAAUCAUUCAUUAGCCAUCACUUGCCAUUUUAAUAUUAUUUCCCGUCGGGUUCUUUCUUAAGUUGACUGAUGAGUUGAUUCACUUUAUAAACUUGCACUACGCUAAUAUUUGGGAAAAGCACAAUAGGAUUUUAGAACGUUAGAACUUAGUUGUUAACACAGUAACAUACAUCAGUGACAUCGCAAAUAAUGAUAAGCUAUUCAAUUUCUGUCUUUACUGUCGUCUCGUGUAGUGUUGUCUCGUGAGUAAACCAUCUUCUUUAGAAAUCUAAUCAAUUAGUCAAAUGAUGACGUGCAUCUAAUGAUAUUAUCGUGUUGUGGUAAGUAGAUCGCUGUAAAGGAACAUAGUAAUACAGAAAAGUGUUGUUGAAGGCAUUUGUGUGUAGGUGAUGUAUCGCUUGGGUGUACUCCCUAUUUACCAAUUUUUUAAAUUAUACUAAAAAUAUUCAUUAAAAGUUAUUUAUUAUGAUGUUGUCCACUUAUUUUAUUCUUAAUCAAAAUUGUUAUUGUUUGUGUAAUUUUAUGAGCGUUUCUGUAUUCUUACAUAUUAGUAUAUGUAUUGUACAUAUUUGGUUAAUAAUAAUGUUGCAUAAUCAGGAGUUUUUUAAAUUCAAAUCCAAGUUAUCAAGGGGGUACACCGGUGGACUGUCUUCUGCUUGAAACUAAUUAUGUGUAUGUGUGGUUGAUUGCUCACAAAUGAGAUUGCCAAACUAGAGUGAAAGUAAUUGCGGAUGCGCAUUUGAGUUGAUACAUAGUUGAUAAAACUUUGAGAAUCCAUAAGCUAUUGACUUUUUCCACAUUCUCAUUUACUUAACUGCAAUAGCUUCUGAUUGCAUAAUGAUUCCUAAUAUUCCAUAAUUAAUCAACGAAACCAAACUGAACUGUUUAAAUACAAUAUUAAAUUGUGCUCACUCACUCACUCACUUUUGACUUGACUAAAUACAUAGAUUUAUUAGUCAUACUAUGCAACUCUAGAACUGAUUUUAAUGAAAACACUCAAAAACUGCUCUUAUUAUUGUUAGCUUGUCUGCUGCUGCUUGUAAUUGAUGUAUUCAAUGAAUCGUCAUUUCCGAUAAAUAACUGUUUGUGUGUACUGAAUAAUAAUUAAUCGCUCUAUAGAAGUUAUAGAUUCCUAAUCUUAACAUAUGUGUGUAUUGGAAUGAAAGUGAUUAAGUUUAUCAUGCUUUUUAUUACUGCAUGAAAUUAACAACGACUAAACCGUGAAAUAGCUGACGACCUUGUCAAAAAAAUAUACCAUGCACGAUUCGAUGCACAAAACACCAUUUUUAAACGUAAUAACAUGAAUACAUUUGGUGUUUAUUACUUGUAUUUCCAACCGCAUGUUGUAUGUAUAAGUGUCGUUGUAUAAUUUACUUAAUUAUCGAAAUUCCAAUGUAAUUUGUAAUUCAUACCAUGUUGUAAUCUCAUAUUGUAGUAGCAUUGUUGGAUAAUAAAAUACCAUAAAAUCUCCACAAAA